UGGCUUGUUCUCGUCACUGAAGGAAUGCUCUUUCAAUAUACAGAGAAGUCUCGUUCAAAUAUGUGACUUUAAGAGUCAUCUAGGUCUUUCAGUUUGUUUUGUUCACAAAAAUUUUCAAGUGGAAGAAGAUGAAAAAUGUAGAGUUACUGGAGUACACCAUUCUUCCUAUCUCUUAUCUGGGCACAUGUACUCCAAAUUUUUAGCCUGGGGGCAAGGAGACCUAAUAAAGCAUGAAUUCUAUUUUUGGAAAGGCCAGAACUGUUUUUAAUUAUUUACAGGAGUACUUAUUUAAGAAUAUGUACUUAUAGGAGUGGCGUACAAGUACAUAGUUUGAACAAAUAUUAUCUUGAUGUGAACUGAAGAGCAGCUUCGUAUCUUUAUCUAGGAAAGCCAUCUUUCAACUAUGCCAUGCCGUUCAUGAAUACUGAAUGACUGAACAACUCAUGUGUUAUCCUGAAAAAGGCCCUCUUAAAUAUUUUAGUCUGGGUGGAGGUAAGGGUGCUGAACUUAGGGGGCAAAUAAGUGGGGCCUCCUGGGAACAGGACUGCUAAAAUGACAACUAUGUCUGGAAGGCUGUGGUCCAAGGUCAUUUUUGCUAGCUCUAAGCAGGGUCUCCAGAACGAGAGGAAGCACACAGCUCUUCUUAAAAUUGAAGGUGUUUGUGCUGCAGAUGAAACCGAAUUCUGUCUAGGCAAGAGAUGUGCCUAUGUGUACAAAGCAAAGAACAACACAGUGACUCCUGGUGGCAAACUGAACAAAACCAGAGUAAUCUGGAGAGAAGUAACUCAUGCUCCUCUUUGUGCCAAAUUCCAAAGCAGCCUUCCUGCUAAAGCCACUGAACACAGAAUCCGUGUAAUGCCAUGCCCCCACCCCGCCCAAGGAUUUAACUUACUGAAAAGUAAAUAAAUAAAGGUGUAGACUUGUUUUCCUGUUUAAAAAAAAUGUCUGAAUAUAAGUAUAUAUGUCAAUUUGAUAUACCUAGAUCAAAAUCUACAUUCUGCAGAAGUUUCAAAAGCACUUUCUAGAAAAUACCUACAUAUCCAAAAGAAUUGCUGAUUUUGUUAAAGAAAAAAAUUCUAAAUGCAGU